AGAUAAGUUGCGUCAUUUCCGGGCUAACAAGUGGCGGGAGUUGUCUGAGGAGCGGGAGGUCAGCGACACACGGUGAAACUUGUUUUAAACUUUUUAAAAAUGAUGGCUACUAACGGGAAAGACUGUGGGGUAAAAGAUGGCGCCUCGGUUUGUUGUAACGGCUCCGCUGUGGCGAACGGAGCCGCCCCGGAGGCGUCGCCGAGCAUCAAGCCGCUGAACGGAGCCGCGGUUCGGCCGCAGAGCUUCACCUUCACCCCGCAGCCCACCAUCGAGGAUAUUCGGCGGAUGCAGGCGGAGUUCACGGACGAGCGGGACUGGAACCAGUUCCACCAGCCCCGCAACCUGCUCCUGGCCAUGGUCGGGGAGGUGGGCGAGGUGUCCGAGCUGUUCCAGUGGCGCGGGGAGGUGGCGGAGGGUCUGCCCGGCUGGAGCGAGUCCGAGCGGGAGGAGUUGGCGCACGAGCUCAGCGACGUGCUCAUCUACCUGGUGGAGCUCGCCGAGAAGUGUCGCGUCGACCUGCCCCAAGCGGUGCUGCGGAAGAUGGCCCUGAACCGGCUCAAGUACCCGGCCAGCAAGGUGCACGGCUCGGCCAAGAAGUACACCGAGUACAAGGACUGAUGUUGGGUGUGAAGAGACAACCAGGGGGGGGGGGAGCUGCUGCUGGACUUUUGAAUCGUUCGGUUCAAAUGGCUUUUUUUCUUGUUCGACUUGUUGCAACUGUAUGAAAGCUCUUGUGUGACUUAAACCUCCUCGUGCACAGCUGCAUUUAGCAGAAGACACUUGCAGAAUUUGCAGUUUUUUAUUGAGUUUAAAGGUUCAGUGUGUGAAAGUUAGAGACAUCUAGUGGUGAGGUUGCAUGUUACAGCUGAAAACCCUUCAUCUCAGCCUCCCACACACGGAGAACCUGUGGCAGCAUGUUUGGACAGCUGUGACAAACAUGUCUGCCUCUGCAGAGAAGACCUGCGAUUAAAAUAUAAAGUAAUAAACCCCUUUCACUUACAUCUUUCCCAUUUACCCUUUAAUGUUUCAAUCAUGUUUUAGUUUGAGUCAAUUUUAAGCAUUGCAUCAUUUUUAGAGAAAAUAUUCCUCUUGUUCAAUCCUUAAAUACUGGGAGGAAGGUGUCCCUGUUGUUCGAUUCCUUGGGGAAGUAUUUGGAGGAUAAUAUCCCUCACUGAACAUUCGUGAGACUUUCAUUCCCCUUGGCUCCUUGUGCGUGUGACAGAGGAUUAGAAAGUUGGUGGAGUUAAAGCUGAAUUUCUUGAACAUCCCUGACCUGAGAAAAGUUGUAAAAAAGGAGAGGAAUGUGAUAUUUUUUUUCUUUGUUGUUGGUGAUUUAUUUCAGGGCUGGAUCUUCUCAUCUCCUGUCUAACUUGUGCAAUUUUUCUUGUUACAGUAAAAGUUGCUUUAAUUUAAA